AUGCCUGACUAUAAUCGCUCAGCAGAGAACCAAUCUCUCAUUGGCAUUGGGAUUUUCUUUCCUCGUGCCUCAAUUCACUCGAUGAUCUCUUCCCGCACGAAUGAUUAUCACCUUACGUCCGCUGCCGUUUCUCACGACAAGUCAGAUCCUGACUUCCGCUCAAUUGAGACUCCAUCUCUCAUCGGCGACGCGAUUGUUCUUCACAUCGCUCUCCUCAUCUGA